GUGAAAUGCGAUCAGUCACGAGGAAACCGAAGGCUGUGAGGUGUGUAGUCGAGCGGUACGUGCUGCUGGCUAUGCGUUGUCGCUGCGUUGGUUAAUUGAAAACUGAGAUGGUGUCGUGUUUAUACGCUGAAUGUUUCCUACUUGCAGUUUUCUUUCCUCUGUUGCAAGUAGGCGCUAAGAACAAAGGUGGGCUUUAUUCGUUUGAUGUAAGAGAUAUUCAUAACCAAGUGACUUCGCUUGAACAAUAUAGAGGAAAGAUAUCGCUUGUUGUUAACGUCGCAAGUGAAUGCGGUUACACAGACGAACAUUAUCGACAUUUGACAGAAAUAUAUAACGAGCUGACCAUCGAGAAGAACGAACCGUUUACGGUACUUGCCUUUCCAUGCAACCAAUUUGGAAAUCAAGAACCAGAUAACAAUGAGGAAAUAUUGAAAUUUGCGCAGACGAACUAUGCAGCGACGUUUCCCAUAUUUGGCAAAACAAAUGUGGCCGGACGCAAUCCUGAUCCAAUUUAUGGGUAUAUAAAAGAUAGCUUUCAUUCCGAACCAACUUGGAAUUUUUGGAAAUAUCUCAUUGAUGAAAAAGGCGCCGUUAUCAAUGGAUGGGGUCCCAGAGUGACCGUUAAAGAUAUAAAAGAAAAUAUAGUUGGGGCGAUAAAGAAACUGAAGACGAAGAGUCACGGGGAAUUAUGAUAUAUAUAUAAAGUUGAGGCAUAUACCGUUUCACUUGUCUGCAGUACCACACCCCUUUUCCGUGUGUUAGGGGAAGAAGCUAUCGGAAUGGAGCUUUUUUUUGCUUGUUCAGUAGCAAUUUUGUUUUGAGUUUUUGUUAAUGUUUUCGUAAAAUUUAGAAACCACUUUAUACUUUAUUGUCCGUAUACAACAUCAGGGGAAAUUGA